AUGGGUCGCGUCGCCGCGGUGAAGAAGAAGACCAAGCGGUUCCAGGAUGAUGAUGACGUCAAGGAAACGGUCGGGUCGCUCACGUCGCACAUCAAGAACAAACAGCGCCGGUCGGAGGUGUACGGAAAGCUGAGACACGAACGCGCGGUGGCUAAAAAGAAACGGAGAGAGGAGAGGCAAAAGGCGGAGGCGGCGGCGAUCGAGGCUGGGGAGGAGCCGGCACCGAGACAGAUACCGAAGACGAUUGAGAACCAGCGCGUGAGGGACGCGACGCACGUGGAGGAGGGAGACGAGGAGGUUAUCGAGCAAGACGCGGAGGACGAGUUCGCUUCGUACUUUAGUCACGCCACCGAGCCAAAGAUCAUCGUCACGACGAGCCGAAAGCCGAGCGGGGCGAUGUUUAAAUUUUUGGAAAACUUGUUCACCGUGAUUCCGAACGCGUAUUAUUACGCGAGAAGGAGCUAUCACAUCCAAGAGAUUGUGAAGUACGGCACCGCGCGCGGUUUCACAGACAUCUUGGUCUUCAACGAAAAUAAAAAAUUUAGCAAGGGAUCCAAGGUAAACGGGCUUCUGCACUGCCAUCUUCCCGAGGGGCCGACGUGUCUGUAUAAGCUUUCGUCUCUUCAGUUGUCGAAAGAGAUCAAGGGUCACGGUAGGGCAACGAGUCACUAUCCCGAGUUGAUUCUGAACAACUUUACCACGAGGCUCGGUCACCGCGUGUCUAGAAUGUUCGCCUCGGUAUUUCCGCAAAGACCCGAGUUUAAGGGUCGACGUGUGGUCACGUUUCAUAAUCAGCGCGAUUUCAUCUUCUUCCGGCAUCAUCGUUACGUCUUCGAGGAGAAGAAAGGGUACAGGCUUCCUCACGCCGGGCACUUGGCCACCGCAGAGGUGCCGGAGCACGUCAAGGAGUCCAUAAAGGAGAGCGGCGGUAAGAAGAGGAGAAUGCAGCAAGGGCAUCCGACGAAAAAGAAGAGAAAAGUAGAGGAUAGCGAGGAUGAGAGCGAUAGUGAGGACGAUAGUGAGGACGAUAGUGAGAAUGAUAGCGAGAACGAGAGCGAGGACAAGGCUACGGAAGCAGCGCCGCCGGCCAUUGAUACCAUGAUUCAGGCGCGUCUUCAAGAGCUUGGCCCGAGAUUCACCUUGCGAUUGAUGUCCGUGCAGAAAGGUACGUUCGAUAGCAGACAUGGCGAAUACGAGUACAUUCGCAGCACCGAGACGGAUGGGACGAGAAAGAAUCGUAGAAAGUUUGUCUUGUAA